CUUUGUUUUUUCCCUUCCCAGAUUUCUACCGAACUUUUAGGACCCCAAAUUUAUUGUGUCGAAGCGACGGAAGAAACAAAAUUUUCAACCACCGGUCCACAACCCGCGUCUUGUCUUAUUAAUAAGAAGCAAUCGGACCCUCAUCUGAUCACUGGUGCUUCAUUUUUGUGUUGGUAGGGUCCCUCACCCUCUACCCGCCACUAUUUCGUCUCGGCAGCGGCUCACUUUCUUCGCUACUUGAACAGCAGAUCCUCUAAAUCUUGAACGCCCACCUGUGCAAAAGGGUGCUGUUCUUGUCUGAGAGCCCAUGGAUAGGUGACUCUCUGUCUGCCUCUCUGGUUGGUUGAAGUAUAUAUUACCGUGUCUAUAGGUAGGCUUGUUAUCGGUGCAUUGCAUGUAUACAGUUUUUGGUUGGAGGAAAUAGGUGAUUGAGCAGCUUCUGUUUUUGGGGAAAAUGAGACAGAGUUGGUGCGUUCAACAACUUAUUGAUGUACAAGUUUUUCGAAGUUCAAAAAGUUCUGCUGCCUGAUCCUUUUCCUGAUAUGCGAUGCUAUAGUCUAAGUAAGAAACUUGGACUUUCAUUCGAAGCCGCAUGUAGUUUGUUCAGUGAACUUCACAUGCACCCUUGUGCAAGGAAUAAAGAAAUACAAGAUCUUGUUGCCGCGCGGUUAACAUCACCUUUCUCUGCUGUGCAGAGGACUAGGACAUGGGGGCUUAUUCUUCGAAUGUGCUGGUGUUUUCUUCAUCUAUUGGUUAAGCUGUUUCAUCUUGCCAUACAGUCAAUCCACAAGUUGCAAUGCUAUUUUAUCCUGAUUGGGUAUACAUUCAACCAUGUCCCAUUAGGAUUAAGUAAGCUUCAGUCUGUUGCUAUUGUAGUGGAUAGUGAAGAAGCUUUUCAAAUAUCAAAAGUGGUUACUCUUAUUCGCUGGUUAUCGAAGUUUGGGGUGAAGCAUAUCUCUCUUUAUGACGUGGAUGGAGUAAUGAAGGAAUCAAAGAAGUUCCUUGUGAAAAAUUGGAGUGACUUAAGCAUAAGAGAAUGGAAGGAGGUUGAUAAGAAGUUUGCAUCCCGUGACCAAAAGUCUGUAGAACUGGAAUGGUUAAGUUUUUCUGAUGGAAAGGAAGCAAUUGUCAAAGCAGCCAGGUAUAUAAGCUCAAGCUACUCAAAACCUGUGGAAUUGGAUGCUCAUCAAAGCAAACUAGUUAUCCUGGAGGCUGACGUGGACAAGGCAUUGAAAGCUGUUCUACUGGGCCGGAGCCUGACAUUCUCCUUCUAUUUGGACCUGCUAGGUGCCAUUUAGGGUUUCCUACCUGGAGACUGAGAUAUACAGAAAUAAUACAUAUGGGAACUUUGAGAUCAUCCUCAUUCAGUGCACUACUGAAAGUAAUGUAUGACUUUUCAAAGAAGCACCAGAAUUAUGGCAAGUAGUAGGAAUUGCACACAAUUAAAUGUAUAGGUUCCAUAUUGUCCGAUGGCUUGGACGGCUUGCUUGCAUCCUUAUAAUCAAAAGACCGUUAUAAUUUGUAUUAUAAAUGCAUAAGGAACGCUUCUGCAAAUAUGUAGCUGUGAAACUUCUUUGUUAUUAACUAUUUAUUGAGUACUGUGACUCCGAGGGGUGUUUCAAGGGUUCUUUGACAGUCG